UCAGUGUAGCGAAACUUUACUUUCCAUCCUUCCUUUCGCUGUUGCAAACCAUACGGCAGUGAUCGACAAAUUGCCUCGGUUGCUUCCUCCAAAGUGCCACCUCUCAUUAGAGUGUCGAGAAUGAGAUAUAGUUGGAGACAAUCGACAGGAAACGCAAACGCAAACGCAAUAUCUUUGGUGCAUCGUUCUGAUUUGGGUGGUUUCAUUGCCACCAUUGUUGCAAAGCACGUACAGAAGUGACGUCUAGAGUGGAAGUUUUCUAUCGCAAACACAACGAAAUCUCUAAACCGAAAGACGUGGUGAGGGGGAAUGGCAGAAAUCCGUGCGAUGGAACAUCCUACGCUGAAGGUACCAUAUGAAAUUCUGAACAAGCGCUUCCGAAUUGCUCAAAAAACUUUGGACCGCGAACUAAGCCAAAUACAAAAUGUGGCCUCGGAACUGGAGAAAGGUCUGACGGAAGGGUCUGACAGUACGGAAAUAUCGCGCCUGCUGGGAGGAGUGGUCGAGCGACUGCAGGUUCUAAAGCGUAAAGCCGAGGAAAGCAUUUCAGAGGAACUGUCUGCUGGAUAUGUUUGCAAGCGCCGAUUGGAACAUCUGAAGCAAAACGUGAAUCCGCCAGUCGAUGCAACGACGCUAGAACUGCAGGCAGCUGCCACGAACCAGUGGAAGAAGAUCCGUCUCGAUCGAAUGAUCGUGGAGCAUUUUCUGCGUCUUGGAUAUUACGACACCGCAGAACGGUUGGCCGAACGUAGUGGCAUCCGGGACCUGACCAACCUGGACAUCUUCCAGGUGACGCGCGAGGUGGAACGUGAUCUGGUGAACCGUUGCACGGUGAAAUGCAUCGCCUGGUGCAACGAUAACAAAUCGAAGCUGAAGAAGAUAAACUCCACAAUCGAGUUUCAACUACGCGUGCAAGAAUUCGUGGAACUGAUCCGCGAAGACAAGCGACUGUUGGCGGUGCGUCACGCCCAGAAGUAUUUCCCUGCGUUCGAACACGAACAGCUAAAGGAGAUCCGCCAGUGUAUGGCACUGCUCGCGUUUCCGGUGAGCACCGAAAUUGAACCGUACAAAACACUUUUCGAUCCGCAGCGUUGGCAGGAUCUAGUAUUGCACUUCCGGCUGGAGAACUAUCGGUUAUUCCAGCUGCCAGCCCAAUCGGUGCUGAGCGUUGCCGUGCAGGCAGGUAUUUCCGCCCUGAAAACACCGCAGUGUUACUCGUACACUUCGAAAAACAUGAACUGCCCGGUAUGCCAGGAGAAUGUGAACGAAAUAGCCGAGAAUUUACCGUUCUCGCACUGUGCCCAGAGUCGUCUCAUUUGCAGGAUCACCGGCAAACCGUUGAACGAACACAACCUACCGAUGAUGCUGCCGAAUGGGCAGAUAUUUGGCCAACAAGCCAUCGAACAGAUGCGUCGCGAGAACGACGUGCUCGUUUGUCCCAAAACUAACGAAACGUUCCGUUCGCCAAAGAUUGAGAAGGUGUUCGUGAUGUAGUAGCAUCACCGGUACAUCCUACGACCGAACGGCUGCAUUGACAUUCUGGAAGGUGGUAAACGUGGUUGGAGGACGUUACUGUACUAUGUAAGCGAUUUUUUUCACAGUCCGUUUGGACGUUUUUUUCUUCUUCUUUCAAUACGAAUUAUUUAGCGCAAAAUACUGCGCUGUGAAAUAUCUAUAGAGUUUGUUUUUAAUUUUAAUUGCUUAUGAUUUUAAUGUAAUUAUAUGUUAUGAAAUUAGCGAUGAAUUUAUAUCUUCGGAAGCAACAGAAGCGUAGGAACGCCAAUUUGCCGAUUGAUUGAUUAUUUUUUUCAAUGUGAUCGAUGCACAAGAAACAAGCCAAGUCAAACCAAAUGCUUUUCAUAACUUACCUAAAACGUUUUUUACCGAUUUCAUUUUGUUUUUAUUUCCCUACACGAUUCUCCCGUUUUGUACUGGUAUGUUGCAUAUUUGAAAUUAUCAUUUUGAAACACUCAAAGAAUUUAAAAGUAUCGCUUGACAGCACUUGCGGCUUUGUGCUGCACCAUCAAUUGUAAUUUUCAAACAAAUGUUCUUUUAGCAAUUAGUGUUAAGUGAACAAAAACAAAAGCGUGUGAUCAUCUCUCAGCUACAAGUAAGACAGUUUACUUUUGACACUUGUACGAAAGUGUUCAUUUGAUCAAUAUCUCCGAUAUCUGAUGUAAUGUAAGAGUGUAAUACAACCGCCUACUAAUCCACCAUCAGAUAUAUAUACAUAUACAUAUAGAAAGCAGAGAGGUUAUGUCAGUCUGAUAUGUCGGCAACCUUUUCGGACGAGCGAUUCCUCAAGUUUUCGCUUAAUGUUAAUAAGGUGAAGUGUCCACGUGAUAAUAUACCAUUGCGGAAAAGAAAUCACGGAUAGAAUUGCCUCUAGGCAAACGAAACAAAAUGUGGAGAGAUAGUGACGAUUAGUUCAGACGAAACCGAAUCAUAACUGAUAUCGUAACGAUCAGAAGCAAUAUUGCUAAACCAGGGAUAACCGACACUAUCUAUAACUUGAAUUGUCUGCUAUAACCCUCGAAUGCACGACAGAUCGAGUCAACGCAAUAAAAUUUAAUUUUGCAUGAUAGUGUGCUAUUGAUAAGAAGAUUUGAAAAUGCCGCAAUGUGGAUGAUUAUCCAGAUUAAGAGUGACACUAAUAAUGGUUUGCUAUAUGAUUUUCAAUAAA